AUGAGCGUUGCUCUCCCCCGCAUGGGCGUUGCUCUCCCCCGCAUGGGCGUUGCUCUCCCCCGCAUGGGCGUUGCUCUCCCCCGCAUGGGCGUUGCUCUCUUCCGCAUGGGCGUUGCUCUCCCCUGCAUGGGCGUUGCUCUCCCCCGCAUGGGCGUUGCUCUCCCCCGCAUGGGCGGUGCUCUCCCCCGCAUGGGCGGUGCUCUCCCCCACAUGGGCAUUGCUCUCCCCCGCAUGGGCGGUGCUCUCCCCCGCAUGGGCGUUGCUCUCCCCCGCAUGGGCGGUGCUCUCCCCCGCAUGGGCGGUGCUCUCCCCCGCAUGGGCAUUGCUCUCCCCCGCAUGGGCGGUGCUCUCCCCCGCAUGGGCGUUGCUCUACCCCGCAUGGGCGUUGCUCUCCCCCGCAUGAGCGGUGCUCGCCCCCGCGCAUGUAUUGCGUGGGGCAUCUCCAUUUCGCCUCGCGCUUCUGCCGCACCUGACCUCUGCCCCAUCGUUCGCCUCCUUGCCCCGUGUGCUGCCCUGCCGCGUUGUGUGCUGCCCUGCCGCGUUGUGUGCUGCAUCUGUGUAUGUGUGUGUGUGUGUGUGUGUGUGUGUGUGUGUGUGUGUGUGUGUGUGUGUGUGUGUGUGUGUGUGCGUGUGUGUGUGUGUGUGUGCUGGUAUCCGUGUAUGUGUGUGUAUGUGUGUGUGUGUGUGUGUGUGUGUGUGUGCUGCAUCCGUCGCGAGCGGGAGAGUGAGGCGUUGCGGCAGGCGGUGGAGGAGAGGGAGGCAGUGGUAGCCAGGCAGCGCCAGGACCUGGCGCGCGUGGAGGCCGACAGAGACAGGCUGCUCGCCACAAAGCAGGCGCUGGAGGCGGCAGCCCAGAGCGCAGACGCCACCAGGUCGUCGCUACUGGAGGAGGCCAACGAGGCACUGGCAGCCACCAAGCAGGCGCUGCAGCACCACAAGGACCAGCUGCUGCGGGUGGUGGCAGAGGGAGCGCAGGAGAGGGCAGCAGCGGUGGAGGCGGUGAGGGAGGAGAUGCGGCAGCAGCGGACGGCACUCGAGGCAGAGGCGGCGGACAAGGAGAGGCACCUCACAGCUGCUCUCACUGCCCUCGCCCAGAGGGCAACGGAGGCAGAGAGGGAGGCAGUGCAGAGAGAAGAGAAGCUGAUGCAAGAGAUAGCGGCUCUCAAGAAUCGGUGCCAGCUGGCGGAGACAGCUCAUGGUGACGUCAGCACACACAUCACAGCAGCAACUCAACCUCUUUUGAGGCAGGUGGAGGGCAUGGCGGCGCAGGUGAGGCGGAUGGAGCAGGAGGAGGAGGAGCGGGAGCGCGUGCACCAGGAGCAGCAGCAGCAGUGGGAGCAGCGGUGGCGCCAGGCAGAGGAGGGGCGCAGGAGGGCGGAGGAGAGGGCGGGGCAAGCGGAGAGAGGGGCAGCUGAGGCAGUGAGGGGUCGGGAGGAGGCAGAGAGGCAGGCGCAGGCUGCAGUGAAGCGACUGCAGGAGUUGCAGCAGCAGCAAGAGGAACUGCGGGAGGCGGCGCAGGCAGCGGGGGAGAGGGAGGGCAUCGCGGAGCAUGCCAGAGCCGAGGCAGCAGCAGCGCUGCAAGCAGCACGUGAGGCAAGAGACGCGGCUGUCAGACGCAUUCAGGAGAUGGAGCGGGCAGGGAGUGGACGAAGAGCAGAGGGCGAUGACAGGGUUGGGGGAGGGGGAGGAGAGGGCAAGGGCAGUGGCGGGAGCAAGGUGCAGCAGCAGCAGCAAGAACGGGCUGAGAUGCUGGUCGUGCCCCUCCCAGCAGCAGCAGCGCCCCACAGCACAGCCGUGGCAGCAUCGCCUGUCGCCUCGUCCCCAACCCCGCUGCCGGCCCUCUCAGCCCUCUCCCUCUCGCACUCCCCUCGCCCCCCCACCAGCCCCCGAGGCAGCAGCGCAGGCAGCAGCGGGCAGGUUGCAGGGGGGCAUGAGGGGCUGGCGGGCAACAGCAGGGCAGGCGAUGGGGGGGGGAGUGCAAGGGGUGGGACGGGGGGGGCGAGUGCGGUAGGCGUGGGAGGGGCGAAGGGGGGGGAGGGGGUGGGAGGCAGUACGGUGCGGCUGGGCGACCUGGACGUGGGGGGGUGGGGCAUGGCAGCAGGCGGGGUGGGCAUGGCAGCAGGCGGUGUGGGCAUGGAGCGACUGCGCGCCAAAGUCAGGCAGCAGGAGGGGGAGGUGCGGCAGCUGCAGCGGGAGGUGCAGGAGGCGCGUGCAGCCAGGGACGCCACGGCGGACGAGCUGCUGCGCGUCUCACAGCGCCUGCUGGCGCUCGAGAAGGAGCGAGUGGCGGUGCCAGCGCUGGAAGCGGAGCUACAGCAGUUGAGGGCGCGGCACGAGGUGGCACUGGUGAUGGUGGGCGAGCGCAACGAGCGCGUGGACGAGCUCGAAGCCGACCUGGCGGACGUGAGGGCGCUCUACAAGGAGCAGGUCGCGCUGCUGGCUGGGCAGGUGGACCCAGCCAAGUGGCCGCAGGGCUACCGCAUCUGCCUCUUCUGCCCGCACUGCGCCAAGACACAGCGCUCCCACCCCAAGUAG